AUGGGGCCAACUGUACAUUCCACACUAGGCAGGGCAGUGUUCCCGGUCUCCACCACCGACUGUGGAAAGAAGCACACCUUCCACAUUCCUGGAAAGAUUCGUAACGCGGUCCAGGAGCUGGAACCUCUAGCAAAGAACCAAAGUCCAGAGAUGUCUGCAAACCCCAAAAAGCAGGGCCAGGAAAAGCUUGACCGCCAGCGGUCAGAAGUCCCCUCCGCAGGUCAGAGGGCCAAGCGUGGGCUUCUGAGAGUCAUCUCAUACUUCUCUGGAGACAUGAAGAUCUUCGGCGAGUGGAUGAAACGGCAGAUCUUCCUUCUGCAGCUGUUAGACUGGGUGCUUCGAGGAGCAGCACAGGUCAUGUUUGUCAACAAUCCCCUCAGUGGCCUGAUCAUAUUCGCUGGGUUAAUACUUCAGAACCGAUGGUGGGCACUGAAUGGCUUUGUGGGCACUCUGUUUUCCACUAUUUCUGCCCUCCUUCUCCAUCAAAGCAGGGGAGCAAUAGCUGCUGGUCUCUAUGGAUACAAUGGCAUCCUGGUUGGCCUCCUCAUGGCAGUUUUCUCCGAUAAGGGUGAUUGGUAUUGGUGGCUUUUACUUCCAAAUAUCUUCAUGUCAAUGACAUGCCCAAUAGUUACCAGUGCCCUGGCUUCAAUCAACAGCAGAUGGGAUCUUCCUGUUUUCACCCUGCCUUUCAACAUCUUGUUCUGCGUGCACAUGGUUGCCACUGGCCACUACAACCACCACUUUCCCCAGGUUCUCAUUCAACCCAGGACAUCCCUCCCAAACAUCACCUGGUCAGAGAUAGAUGUGGCAAAGCUUUUCCGUGCUGUGCCGGUGGGAAUUGGACAAGUAUAUGGGUGUGACAAUCCACUGACUGGAGGAAUUUUCAUUGUUGCCUUGUUCAUUUCUUCACCAAUCAUUUCCUUGCAUGCAACCAUUGGCUCAGCUGUUGGCAUGGCAGCAGCUCUCGCACUUGCUGCGCCGUUUGAGGAUAUUUAUUUUGGCUUAUGGGGCUAUAACUGUGUUCUGGCCUGCAUUGCCAUCGGAGGGAUGUUCUACGCGCUGACCUGGCAGACUCAUCUCCUGGCAGUCAUCUGCGCAUUUUUCUGUGCAUACCUGGGCUCUGCUAUUACAAGUGUGAUGUCCACAUUUGGGCUCCCUGCCUGUACCUGGCCGUUCUGUCUGUCUGCUCUCACCUUCCUUCUGAUUACUACAGGAACCAAAUCAAUACACAAACUGCCUCUUGCAAAGGUAACAUACCCAGAGAAGAAUCUCAGCUAUUUCCUGAAACUGAAAAAAGCUGAGAAGUUGAAAAAGGUACUUAACAAUACGCAGGAGGCACAAAAGCCAGAAAUAGAUAAGGAAUUAGCAAUUUUCAAUUGUCUAAUUGUGUAA